AUGGAGGAGGAGAGGCUCAAAGCGGAAGCUGCAGCAAUUGCGGAAGAAGAGGACUACAGGAACUCAAGGCAUGACGGAUCGAAGGUGCCCAGCCUGCACAGCCUGUACUUUGGGUGCUGCAGACUUGACUGCGGGCUGAGGAAUGGUCGUGGCAGCUGGGACUGUAGAUUGUGUUGUAGCCCCGUCGGAUCGAAGGUGUUUAUUUGUAUCCAUUGCAGGGUUGAGGAGACCGAGCUUGUAGCAGAAGCUCAAAAAUAG